AUGGACGACCAUACACAUUCUUCGCUUCCAACUGAAACCACCCUGACCUCACUCGCCACUCACCUCUACACAAUAUCCAACUCUCAGGAACGCUCUGGAAGUGAUCCGACGCUGAAAUCAAAGACAAAGCUCAGCAAAGCAGCAGCAUCCACAGAUCCUCUCACAAAGCAGAGACUCAGACAGCCCAAGAGCCACAACACUUCGAUCAAACGUGAACUAGAUCCCACUCCUUUUUCUCAGGACCUCCCUCUCCCACCUGCCCCUCUCUCGGCCCUUCCGAUCCCUCAGCGUCGCCAGCAGCCUCCCCCUCAUCUGGAGCCACUCCAACUACCUUCUCAGCUGGAUCUGAACAAGGAUCAUCAUCAUCAACAACAGCAACCACAACACAACAACGAGUCUGUGCCACACGCUCACCCACGAACCAAGACGAAAAUCGUCAUCGAUCGACCCUACAGCUUCUACAAGUCUGCACCAAAAACACCGCAGAGAGUCACAGCAAUCGAGUCGCCCUUUGGAGAUUCACCAUCUCCAGUCUCGCCCAACCCUCUACCCGUGCCUUGGACUGGCAGCUCUGCCACCACAGGAUCGACUUACCAGACACAUCCGUCUCAGUCCAACCCAUUCAUACCACCAAAGCAGUUCCAGCCUUUCCAGUCGUCGUACCAGCCUCUCCAACAGCAGUCUCAGCAGCCACAACACAAGUCUACAUCACAAGACGACUCGUUCAGGAAGGCCCGUCCCGAUCCCGAAGACUCUAUACCCGCUGUAGCUGACACCACUGCCACCCAAUCUUCGGCUUCCUCUUCAAGUUCACUAUCAGGAAAAGCUUCAAUGGCAUCGACCAUGACCCAUCCUGUGACGGAGAGAUCCAACUCUUCUCGUUACAACCGAUCUCGUUCUCCACAGCCCGAGCAACCACAGAAACAACAACAACAGCAGGGAUUUGGAUUGACGAAUCGACCAGCGCGUUCACACAGCAUUGGUGGCGGAGGGAAACUUCAGACUCGCCAACAAUAUGAGCAGGAACAGGCAGCUCAUGCCAACAACAACAACAACAACAACAUCCACACCAGCAAUCCACACAUGCCAGAGAUACCGAUCGAAGCAGCCCCAACACGCAAGAACUCUGGCAAGAACCUGCUCAGGAUUGCGCGCAAGGCAUCCGAUUCUGCCUUCAGGAGUGUCGGAUUGAAUCGCAAGUCUUCUGCCAAGAAAGAAGCUCAGACUGCCAGUGCUUUGCAGGCAAAGGAGGCCGAGUCGCACCAUGCCCACGAUGCCCACGAUGCCAACUCACACUCGCGGCAUCCAAACAAUCCUAGUGGACACAACGACCAACACCACCACCACCAACAACAACAACAACAACAACAACAACAACAACAACAACAACAACAACAACAGCAACAACAACCAGGACACUACAUGCCACAUUUCGAGGUCGAACUGGGUCGCAACAGGUCACUGCCAGACAUCAAGCCAUUCUCCUCGGACGACCAUCGAACCCCCGCCAGGGGAAGUUCUCUUACGAACCCAAGAACAAACCCUGGCCCCUUCCGCAGCCGACAAAAACCGCAAAACCAACUCCCAAAUCAACAUCAUCAAAUCGCCACCGCCAUGUCGAACGAACCCAUCACAUCCAUGGCAACGGCAGACAUGCAGGGAUCUCUGCAGGACGCAUAUGGCGGAACAACCGAUGACUGGCGGCAGGCACAACAGGCAGAGCUGGAGGCUCGGGAACGACAGAAGCUCAAGGACUCGAGUCCUACUGAUCGGUCGGGACAUUUCUCUAUCAACUCUGUCAGCACUCUGAACCUCCCGCCUAGCAACCCAACUGUGACACCUCCUCAGACCACGUCGAUGAGCAGGAUCCUCUUGCCAGACAGAGACCGGUUCCGCGACAACAACAACAACAACAAGAACAACAACAACCAUCCCUUUAACUCGGCUGUCCAUGCCUCUGAGCACUUGCAGGGCCAUGGCCAGUUUGUUGAGGAGCCCACGCAGGAGAACACCUCGCUCGCUAAGGCCACUGCCCAGCCCGGAGGUAUCUUGUCGCAAUUGCAGGCUGCUACCGAGAAGGGGCAGGUCAUCGAUCCCAUUACGACGGUCUGGUCCCAGAAGGAGGGCGCAUACAUUCAGCGAUCCAACACUGCGCCCUAUCCUUUGCGGGAAAACCGGGCCAUUGCUGAAGAGGGAGAAGACGAGUCCCUAGCUGGUUCUGAUCAGCGUGGUCCGUUGGAGUACAGUAAGAGUGAAGGCUAUGGCACUGCAUCACGACGCGAUCGUCAGCAGAAGCGCGUUCAACCUCAACAGGAUCAGCAGCACCUUGCAGAGGAGGAAGAGGAGCAACAGCAACCACACAAUCAACGUCAGCAUGCGGGUCGACCACCGAUGGAUGAACACAGCGACCUUCGUAACGACCCUUCGAACGCACGGCUCCGCCAGGUUGAUCAGGAGCCUCUGAACAUUUCAAGGUCUCGUGCCAUGUCUCAUGAAAACGUCGUUGACACCAACAAGGAUCUCCCACCCACGCCUUUCCGACAACCCACACCACCAGGGCAGGUCUCUUCUGACGCCUCAUCACGCCAACAUCACCAGCAACAAAAGAGCCAACGCCUUCGUAGUGACAGCAAAUCUGAGGCCUCGCGUCACCAACACUACCAGCAACAGCAACAGCAACAGCAACACCAGCAUCGCCCCUCCGCCAGAUCAACGGGCGGCAAUGGCCCCAUUACUUCUGAAGAGAGCGUCCUUGCUCUCUCACGGUCCAUGUCCCCGCCACCCCAUCGACGUGUCUCACACGAACGGAACGCAAGCUUUGGUAAUAUCAACCUCAACUUCACCCGAGGGGCCAGCACUGCAGGGCAACAACAACACCAUCACCAGGCCAACGGUGGGCCUAUCAACAACAAUGUCCACAAGGAGCAUGUCCAGUACGGCAUUGAUAUGUUGCCCCUUCCUCUCAUUCCUUCUCCGGACGAGUCGCUGAAGAAGAAUGCCAACCUGGGAAUCCUCCCACAGGAUGUUCUGAAAACCUUGGACCUUACUACUGUCCAGAAGGUCAUCACUGCCUCGGUCAUCGCCAGCCGUGUCUACAAGGUCCUCGCUCUUGAAGAAGUCGAGAGCCUCAGGAAGGAACAAGGCGAUUUGCAGAUGUAUGUCCAGACACUCCACACGUCGCUCAACAUCGAAUCCCGGAUGCGCGAUGCUUCCCACUCCCUGAUCCGUCUACACGAGUCCAACAUCAACAUCGACGCUGUCAAGGCCUCGACGGGCCAACUCCACGCGACCACCCGCAAGAUGGACAAGAUUGUCCAAAAGACUCAAGAGUCUAUGGAACGGCUCCUGGUGAUUCAAAGGUUGCUUCUUCAACAUGAGGGCGCAGUCCUGAAUGCGGGUAUGCGUCGACUUGAUGGCGAGAACCGAGAGCUCUCAAGAACGGUUUUGGAAUUGGAGACGAUCCGGGAUCAGGAGAAGGAGGAGAAAUUGAAGUGGAAGAAGGAGACGAGUCAGCUUCGGAUCCAGAGUAUGAUCUUCCCGAAUCCGCCUGGGCUUGAGGAGUUGGAGGCCAUGGCUGCUGCGGUUGACGGUAACAGUAAUGAUGGAGCAUCGACCAACCACAACGCGAGAGGUCGCAAGUCCCCCUCUGGCCGCAAGUCUCCCUCGGGUCAACACCUCCAAGUCGUUAAGGAGUCUAGUCCACCACCUCUUCCUACCCCUCAGCCUCUCCACAACGAUGCUCGUCUAGUUGCGUUGGAGAAGUACAUGAAGGAGUUGAACGAUGAAGUCAACAAGAAGGACGAGCGGAUCGGAGAGCUCGAGAGUCAGUUGAGGAUGGUUCAGGUCUGGGCUGAUGACUUUGCAGGAUCGCUGAAGGCCAACAAGUUGGGAGAUGAUCAGUCCGUUGACGACGGCAGCAAGGGCGACGGAGGUGGUCUUCACAAGAAGUUGACGCGGUUGCAGACCAAGAUCGAGAAUGGAUUCCGUGCACUCGAGGCAAAUGCUUAUGAGAUGAAGGUCAAGGCGGAGGAGGCAGAAUUGGCAAAGAAUAAGGCCUUCGAGUUCACCGCCACGACGCUUGCCAACAGCAGCGUUGUUACUGGUCAACAACAACAACAACAGCAACAACGCUCUAGAAAGGGAAUCGACCGGUCUCGGACCAACAACAACCAUAUCGAUAACCAGUCGUUCACUCAACACAACAACCACUCGGAUCUUAACAUGAUGCUCAAUGACAGCUUGGUGGAGCUCGAUCAUCAAAUCUCCUUGACAGAAUCCUCGUCCCCCUCGGUCGGGUCCUCUACUCCUGACCUCCAUGAUCAAUACCAUCAUCACCACCACCAACGUCGUGCCAGGUCCCCUUCUGUUCCUCACCAGCACCAACAGCAACCCGUGCGUAGGUUGUCCCGUUCAAAGACCACCAACGGCGGCGGCAGUUCGCCUUCUCUUCUCACUCCUCAACAACAGCAGCAGCAGGAAACCAAUGAUGAACAACUGGCCCUCGGCAAUGCUCAGGAGGAGAUCAGGCGUUUGAAUAUGAUGGUUGACGAGCUUGAACGUCUUAUCCACCUCAAAAUCAACGUUUGA